CAGCAUUAAUUAAAAUCCCUCUGAUUCCCACGCACAACCAUCCCCAAAAUUUGUUUAAUCCCUAAACUUCUUUCUCCACCUUCACUUCUCAAAUUCCGGCGAGUACCGUCGUAAGCAACCACCGUCGGCGCAACCCCUCCCUCGUUCCCUGCUUGCGACGAAAAUCACUUGCCAGUGAAAGCUCAUAAUUUACUGAUAAUAAGUUUUAUUACUUGAAGAAGUAAGCAGCCUGGCGAUGAAAGUAGUUGAGGCCAGUGCUGGUGCUCUCACUAAUUUUGAAGUGCUUGACCUUUUGAGAUCAAGAGGGGCUGGAAAGGAUGCCUCUCGAGCUAUUGCAACAGUAUCUCAAUCUGAGUUCAACGUUUUUGAUUAUCUAGAGGGGACUGUUGCUUGCAAUCAAACAAGGGAAAUUAUUGAUAACUUUGUUGAGGAGUGCCAAAAAUUUGAGCUAGCCAAGGCAGAGAUUCUUAAUAUUGUGAAUAUAAGACCAAGAAGUGAACCUGAGCUUUUCCCGUUCAUAGAGGAGUGUGGGCCAGAGCCACGUAUGGAAGAUAAGGCCAACGACCUUGUAGAGAUCAUCACACGGAUUUUGCCACCUCAUGCGUCUCAGGUGGAUGAAGCGAACGGAGAAGCUGCAGAGGGGGAGGAGGCGAACGAGGAAGCUGCUGAGGGGGGAGAAGAGAUUGAGCCUCAACCAAAUACUACGUAGUAUUCUUCCACCACUGUAUCUGCUGAAUUUGUUUAUGAACUUUAGACAUGAACUCUUGAGUUAGUGUAAGAAGGAAAACAGUAGAGUUCAUUUUUGCAGUGACUAAUCAUGUUUAUGUUUAUGUUAGAAUUUUAUUGCA